UUGCACGGCUCGAGGUCACAAACCAAUUACUAACCAAAAUGUGAUUUACAUGUGAAAAUGUGGACUUAUGGCGCGAACCAUCACGCAGCACCAUGAAUCUUAAGUGCAACACGUAACGCUAUUCAUUGGAAUAACUAUUUUACAAAUUACGGUACGUAUGACGUGACGUUAUCCACAGCACAAUGAAUGACGAUAGCCUUCAGCAAAUAUGAAGAUGUUUCCUUGAUUCGAGUGUCGGUAUCUUAUUUUUGACGUACUUCGUACUGAGUUGAUAGCAGGGCGCGUUGCGCAAUGUUUGAACACUCACUCUGGAAAGCAUUGUUCCGCGUGGCUGACGCAGGUCAGUCAUCCAGCCGGUAGCGCUGGGCUGGGAGGCAGUGAAGCCGUCAUCUGGAGCAGCCGCGCCGUUAUCCAGUGGAAGACUCGUUAUUAUCCGGUUGUUUCUUGGUGCGCGACGCACGGAAUAAAACAUGGACUCCGGCAAGAACAAGGCAGAGAGACCACCCCAUCCGAGAGAAACUGCGAAUCCUCUCUCGGCAUUGUUUUUCGUCUGGGUGCUGAAGAUAUUCAGAAAGGGCAUGAAGAAGGAGUUGGAGGUCGAAGACUUGUUCCAGCCGCUGAAGGAGCACAGAUCCGAGUCGCUGGGAGACCGUCUGGAGAGAACUUGGAAGCACGAGGUGAAGAACAACAGGAGUCCAAGUCUGCUGAGAACCAUCUCGAAGAACUUCUUCUGGACGUAUGUGUGGUUCAACAUUCCCCUUGCUGUCGGCGAGCUGGUGACAAGGAUAGCACAGCCCAUGUUCCUGGGGCUGUUCAUCAGGUACUUCGAGCCAGGCAGCGGCCUGACCCUGGAAGACACGUGCCUGAGCGCUCUCGGGCUGAUGGCCUGUAUCGUGUUCUUCUCGCUGAUUAAGCAGGUCAACCUCAUGGCCUUGCUGCACAUCGCCAUGAAGAUACGCGUCGGCACGUGCUCGCUCAUCUACAGGAAGUCGCUGCGCCUGACGCAGACCUCGCUGGGGGAGACGACGGUAGGACAGGUGGUGAACCUGCUGUCCAACGACGUGAGCCGCUUCGACACGGGGCUCGGUCACAUGCCGUACCUGGUGCUGGGGCCCCUCCAGGCCGUCGUAAUCACCUUCUUCAUGUGGCGCGCCAUGGGCGUGUCGGCCGUAGUCGGCAUGCUGGCCAUUCUCAGCAUGAUCCCCCUGCAAGCUUUGAUCGGCAAGAAGAUAGGCCCGCUGCGCCUGCGCAGUGCCAUGCGGACGGAUGAGAGAGUGCGCUUCAUGAACGAGAUCAUCACGGGCAUCCAGGUGAUCAAGCUGUACACCUGGGAGAUCCCCUUCUCCAAGCUGGUGGCCCGCGCCAGGCUGAAUGAGAUCCGGCAGAUCAAGCUGGUGUCAUAUCUGCGAGCGCUCAUGACCACCUUCGAAGGCUUCACCACACGCAUAACUCUCUUCAUCACCAUCUUGUGCUACGUCCUGCUGGGGAACACAGUGACGGCCGAGAAGGUUUUUGUAGUGUCAUCAUACUUUAGCAUCAUGAGGAUGUCAAUGACGAAGAAUUUCCCUCAGGCAAUAUCCGCGAGCGCAGAAAUACUGGUCUCGAUAAAACGCAUCCAGACAUUCCUGCUGUACGAGGAGCUGGCGACUGAGGGGGAGGUCUCGCGGCAGAACAGCAGGUACGGGUCGGUGACCUUGAACCAGACACCGCAGGCCAAGGUCGAGGGCAAGACGGCCAACUGCUCGGCCGAGGAGGUGGGGGUGCUGGUGACCGGCGCGACGGCCAGGUGGACGCCAGAGUCCAGCGACAACACCCUCACCGAUGUCACCCUGAGGGCGUCCGCGGGCCAGCUGCUCGCCGUCAUCGGCCCAGUCGGCUCCGGCAAGACGUCGCUGCUGCAGAUUCUCCUGGGUGAGCUGCCCCUCAGCGGUGGCGCUGUGGCCAUCAAGGGCCGGGUGUCGUACGCCUCGCAGGAGCCCUGGCUGUUCUCCAGCUCGGUGCGGGACAACAUCCUGUUCGGCGAGCCCUAUGACAAGCAACGCUACCGCCUCGUGGUGCGCGCCUGCGCACUGACCCGCGACUUGGAGCUGCUGCCGUACGGUGACAAGACCAUGGUGGGCGAGCGCGGCGUGUCCUUCAGCGGCGGCCAGAGAGCGCGCAUCAGCCUGGCCAGGGCUGUGUACAAGCAGGCAGACGUGUACAUCCUGGACGAUCCGCUGUCCGCCGUGGACGCCCACGUGGGGAGACACUUGUUCGAGAGCUGCAUCUGCGGCUUCCUGGCGGGCAAGGUCCGUGUCCUGGUCACUCACCAGCUGCAGUUCCUCAGCCACGUCGACCACAUCGUCAUCCUGAACGAGGGCCGUGUCGAGGCGCACGGCACGUACGGACAGCUGCAGGAGAGCGGACUGGACUUCGCCAAGCUGCUGGGGGACCAGGAGGGGGACGUGUCCGAUGACGAGAGUGUCUGGGGCGAGAAGAGAGGCUCCCUCCGUCACUCACCGUUAUCUCGCCGGCGACACGGAGACUCGUCCAUCGGGAGCAGCAUCUCCUCCAUAGAGCUCGCCUCGGUGGAGGAGCAGUCCCCGGCAGAUGUGCGGGAGAUGCGCACCCGGGGCAAGAUCUCCAUGGCCACCUACGUGUCGUACUUGUUCGCGAGCGGCAGCUACGCCCUCGUGGCCGCCAUGGUGUGCAGCGAGUUGGCCGCCCAACUGCUCUCCAGCUCCGCCGACUACUGGCUGUCCUUCUGGACAAACACGGAGAGCCAGAGGGCGACGGACAGCCCGGGUAACACCACGGCCUCCAACUACACGGACGUGGCUGCUCCAAGAAGCGACUCGCUCAUGACCAGGGAGCUGUGCUCGUACAUAUUCGCCGGCCUCACGCUUGCGGCCAUCGUCUUCCUCGUCUACAAGAGCUUCCUAUUCUUCUUCCUCUGCAUGAAGUCCUCGGUCACCCUCCACAACAGGAUGUUCGCCAGCAUCAUCCGCCUGCCCAUGAGGUUCUUCAACGUCAAUCCCUCUGGUCAAAUUCUGAACAGGUUCUCGAAAGACAUGGGAGCAAUCGAUGAACAACUUCCUCUCGUGUUGCUAGACUGUCUUUCAAUCGGCAUCAUGCUGGUGGGCAUCGUGACUCUGAUUGCGAGCGUCAACUACUGGAUCCUCAUACCCACGGCAUUCGUGGGCGUCAUCUUCUACCUGAGCCGGUCCGUCUACGUGCGCACGUCCCGCUGCGUCAAGAGACUGGAGGGCAUCACUCGCAGCCCUGUAUUCUCCCACCUGAACGCUUCGCUCCAAGGACUGUCCACCAUACGAGCCUUCAAGGCGCAGAAAAUUCUACAAAAGGAGUUCGACCACCAUCAGGACCUGCACUCGUCGGCCUUCUUCCUGUUCCUGGCGUCCAGCCGAGCCUUCGGCCUGUACCUGGACUUCGUGUGCCACGUGUUCAUCGCGUGCGUGGUCGUCAGUCUGCUGAUCCUGGGCCGAGGCACCCUGGGAGGCAGCGUGGGGCUGGCCAUCUCGCAGUCGCUGGGGCUGACAGGGAUGUUCCAGUGGUUCAUGCGGCAGUCCGCCGAGCUGGAGAACCAGAUGACGUCAGUGGAGCGAGUCAUGGAGUACGGCGGUCUGGAGGACGAGGGCCCACUGGAGUCGGCACCAGACAAGAAACCGCCGACGGAAUGGCCGUCGCGAGGCAGGAUAGAGUUCAGGAACGUCUGUUUGUCCUACGCUGCCGAGGAACCGCCGGUGCUGAAGAACCUGAACUUCGUAGUCAAUGCGUCAGAGAAGGUGGGCAUCGUGGGCCGGACGGGCGCCGGCAAGUCCUCCCUCAUCGCGGCGCUGUUCCGGCUGACUCGGGUGGAGGGCGAGGUGCUCAUAGACGGCCUGGACACCGGCGUGAUCGGCCUGCACGACCUGCGCAGCAAGCUGUCCAUCAUCCCCCAGGAGCCGGUGCUGUUCUCCGGGUCGCUGCGCAAGAACCUCGACCCCUUCGACCAGUUCUCCGACGACGUCAUCUGGAACGCGCUGGAGGAGGUGGAGUUGAAGGGUGUAGUGGCUGAGCUGGCGGCUGGUCUCAGCCACAGGAUGCUGGAGGGAGGCGCCAACUUCAGCGUGGGCCAGCGGCAGCUCGUGUGUUUGGCCCGGGCCAUCAUCAGGAACAACAAGAUACUGGUCAUGGACGAGGCAACCGCCAACAUCGACCCUCGAACCGACGCGCUGAUCCAGGAGACGGUGCGGCGCAAGUUCGCCGGCUGCACCGUGCUCACCAUCGCCCAUCGCCUGCUCACCGUCAUGGACAGCCACCGCAUCCUCGUCAUGGAUGCCGGCAGGGUCGUGGAGUUCGACCAGCCCCACACGUUGCUGCAGAACAAGUCCGGCUUCCUGUGGCGCAUGGUGCAGGAGACGGGCAGGAACAUGGCCGACACCCUGCUCAAGAUGGCCGAGAAGGCCUACCACGACACCAAACACGAGAAGACGAGCUAGGGGCACACCGCCAGUGUGAAGACAGCGCCAGCACAGUGUCAGUAGUCAGUUCGUACCGACGUGUGCUCGUGCUGGAAGCUGUCCAGCUGUCCAAGUUGAAUGUCUUCCAGGUCUUCCUACAGAAAGAUGACGAACCACUGAAACAAUCUACAACGUUUCACUAUCCAAGGAAGGGACAUUUUGAAAUGAAGUAGCAAGUGUUGAGUUCGUAUUUAGGAAGAUUAGUUGGAGGUCGGUCUGUUAUAAACGUCGAAAGAGGCUAGAAGCUGAGCUGUCUCAAGAAGCAAGCAAGCUCGAACAACAUGAAGCGAACAAGUCGUUAGCAGCUCAUGUGCUUCAUUCUAAGUCCGACAAUUGUCUUGGCAUUUCAGGUGAAGUUGUUUAUGAGCUUUUGUCAACAAAAUGAUAACAGUGAAUUUUCAAGUCACAAACCAUACACAUUUUCAUAUAAUUUAAUUUCAAACAUUAUGUAACUCAAGAUAUUACUCAAUUUUCAGUGGUCAAGUGGCUUCUGUAUUUGCUUAAAUUUCAAAUAAAUAAAUAUUAUAUAACAAUUGAAAAUGAAUCCCAUAAUUUCAUGACAGACUACAAACUCAAAUAAUCAUAUUCAUUGUUUGCUAAUAGACUCUCUUAUUGAUUUUAAUUCUAAGGCAACUGUUAACACUUUGGUUGUAAAUUAUGGGAAUGUCUUCACAACUUUAACGGAUGUCAUAGAACAUAACAUGGAUUUGAAUGCUUUAGAGAUUUAUUUUCUUUGCCAAAAUCAAUUCUUCCCUUCCUUCAUGUUUUUAUGAACAGUGUAUGAAAUUAGUCUGGAUUACCUUAAAGAAUUGCUAACACACAUAGUCAUUCAAAACAGUCCAAACAUUAUCUUCAUAUCCUGGUAAUAUGUUUUACACCUACCUCAGAUUUUCUCUAACACUGUAAAGAAUGUAGAUAUAUGAUUGUAAUGUAAUGAUGUUCAUGUGUACAUAAAAUAUGUACACAUAUUUUAAUUAAACCGACAUUUACAUACGCA